CCUUUUGGUCGUGGACUGGUUGACAUAGAUGAACAGCAACUCCGCAUAGAAAAUGACCAGAGCCUGCUGGGACCUGCAGCAGAGAUGAGGCUUUUAUGACACAGUAUUUUCUGCACCUCCUGAAAGAAGUCAGAAGCAUCAGAAAACAGUCUCCUGGUCUGAGCUCCUCCUGUGGACCAAACCAACCAUAUUAAGAGCCUUUGAGAGAAAAAUUCUCAAGCAUUCUGAGGGGAGUUGAAUAGAGAGAAGCCUGCAGGUGACCUGAUUUAUCAUGCAACCUGAGGACUUUGGUUCUGAAGACAAAGAGAUGUUAAGCUGGGAUAUUAAUGACAUGAAACUGCCACAGGACGUGAAAAAGACCGACUGGUUCCAGGAGUGGCCAGAUUCCUACGAGAAGUACAUCUACAGCUCAGAGGACAGGAACGCGCAGCGGCACCUGAGCAGCUGGGCCAUGCGCAACACCAACAACCACAACUCGCGGAUCCUCAAGAAGUCCUGCCUGGGCGUGGUGGUGUGCAGCCUGGACUGCUCCGUGGACGAGGGGCGCAAGAUCUACCUGAGACCUGCCAUCUGUGACAAAGCCCGGCAGAAGCAGCAGAGGAAACGCUGCCCCAACUGUGAUGGGCCACUGAAGCUAAUUCCUUGCCGAGGCCACGGGGGCUUCCCGGUCACCAACUUCUGGCGGCAUGAUGGGCGCUUCAUAUUUUUCCAGUCAAAGGGAGAGCAUGAUCAUCCCAAACCAGAAACCAAAUUGGAAGCUGAGGCAAGAAGAGCAAUGAAGAAAGCACAUGCAGCAUCUUCCUCCGCCUCUUUAAAGCUGAAGGGAGGCCCAGAGACAAAGUCUCUUCCAGGUGAAAUACAAAGUUGGGGGAGUUUACCUUUAACCUGGCCUUCCCAAGAAGGUGUCCAGUUGCCUGGUAGUUAUAGUGGACAUUUAAUAGCUAAUGCUCCCCAGCAGAAGUCACUGAAUGAUUGCUUACCCUUCUCCAAGAGUUAUGGUUUUGGGGCAGCCAGUGAUCUGGCAGACCCCGCUUCCACCAUGGGCCCCGCUAAGCUCUAUGAGAAAUGCAAAUUGUCCAGCAGUAGGAUCUACAAUAGCAGUGACCUGCUCCAACCUUCUGUCUCUGGAGCUUUCUCUGACUACAGUGAUCUGCAAACAUGGAAUAAAAAUGCUGCUUUUGGAAGAAAUCCUCUCAGUGACAACUGUUGCCCCAGUUAUCCGUUUCCUCUGACCGGCUGGCCUUACGACUUCACCCCUUCCCAGAACUCUUCAGAACACUUUUCUCAGCAGAUUCCAGUGGAACCCCCUGCAACCAAAACUAGUUGCCACUCAUUAUGGCCAAAUCCAGGGGGUGAUCUUUAUGAAGAGAAGGUGCAUGUGGAUUUUAACAGCUACUUCUCAUCUACCACAUGCCAUUCACCCCAGGAAGACCCCUUUCUCCUCACCUAUACCUCUCAUCCUCACCAUCCAUAUUCACUGCCAGGCAAGAGCAACAAAUGGGGUUUUGAUGAAGAAAUGAGAUGCAUGGGUUUGGAUCACUGCAAUAAUGAGAUGCUUCUAAACCUCUGUCCUUUAAGAUGACCCAAACCUGAACCCUAUUGGUGGACUGUAUCUUGGUGCAGCCUCUAUGAAAACACAGUAUGGAGAGUCCUCAAAACAAAAAACAAACAAAAAAAAAACCCUACCAUAUGAUCCAGCAAUUCUAUUUAGGGGUGUUUUUUCCCUACAAAUUUAUUUAUUCAUGCAUACCAGAGGAGGGGUGUACACCAGAGGUGCAGAAGGGGAGAGGGGGUGGUUGAAAGGAUUCACCAGAGACAAAGCAGGGAGCAGAACAUGCAGCUUGACUGAAAUACACUGCUGAGGAGACCAGCUCGCCAUAUGUAUCAACUCUCUGGCCGGGCAUCAAACUUGUGCUAUAGUGGCUGCGACAGCCUCAUGGUGCUGAGACUUAACCUCCUGUGCCACCAGGAAGGUUCUCUACUUCAGGGUAUUUAUCUGAAGAAAAUGAAAACACUAACUCAAAAAGAUAUGCACCCCAAUAUUCAAGGCAGCAUUAUUUACAAUAACUGAGACAAGGAAAAAUGCAAAACACCUAAGUGCCCAUUGGCAGACAAAUAUAUAAAGAAAAAAGUGUGUGUGUGUGUGUGUGUGUGUGUGUGUGGUCAUGUAUCACAUAAUGAUAUUUUCUUCAACAACAGACUACAUAUGUGACUGUGGUCGCAGAGGCCACACCAUAGAGUGGAGGUGUGUAGUGGGCUGUAUCAUCUAGGUUUUUGUGUGCACACUCUCUGAUGUUCAUACAGUAACACAGUUGCCUAACAAUGUAUUUCUCAGAACUUGUCCCUGUCAUAAAGCAAUGCAUAAUACACACACACACACACACACACACACACACAGAGAGAAUACUAUUUAAUCCUAUAGAAGAAAGGAAUCCUAUUAUUUGUGAUAUGAUGGGUGACUUUGAAGACAUUAUGCUUAGUGAAAUAAGUCAGACAGAGAAAGAAAAAUGCUGCAGAUCU